AUGAAUGAAUCUUGUUAAGAAAUCAGAGUGUUUUGUUUUAAAUGUUUACAAAAUGAAAAACAUAAUUCACAUGUUAAGGAUAUUCAUAAGAUAGAUAAUUUUGAGAAAGUUCUUUCUAAUUAGAUUGAGAAUUUAAUCAAGGAACUAGAAAAGAAAAUCAAUCUAAUAUAGACAUUAUUUAUAAAAUUGAAGAAUGCAUGUUAAACUAAAUACUAGGAUAGCUAUAAAAAAUUAGAUGAUUUAAAUAUGAAAGAAAUUCAUGAAUAUAUUAGUAAUUAAAUAAGAAUUUAAAAAGAGAGUAAGACUAUAUUUGAAAUAUUAUAUAAAAGUUCAGAAAAUAUGAUUUAAGCAUUAAAAUUAAAUACAAAUGAUUUUUCCUAUUGUGAUAAUACAAUAAAAAAAGUUAAAAAGGAAUCAAUAACAGGAUAUAGUAUUAUUCAUUCAAUAGAAGAAGAAUAAAUAAAUGCAAUAGAAUUUAAUAAACAAUCUAAUUUAAUGAUAGUAGGAUAUGAAUCAAGGAAAAUUAAUGUUUUUUAAUUUAAUUAAGGAAAGAUAAAGUUAAUUUAAAAAUUAAAGGUUCAUAAAAAUAGUGUAUAUUGUUUAUUAUGCAUGAAAUAAACAAGUUCAUUUUUUUCUGGAAGUUGUGAUAAAACAAUAAUUCUAUGGGAAUAAUAAAAUAAUAAAUAAUGGAAUUUAAAACAAAUAUUGACUGGACAUUUAGGAGGAAUAAGUUGUUUAGCUUUAAAUAGAAAUGAAGAUUUAUUAUUAUCAGGUAGUGAUGAUUUUACAAUAAAAACUUGGAAACGUGAUUAAGAUAUUUGGAUAUUUUGUCAAAAUAUAAUAGGUCAUUAUCAUUAUGUUUGUGCAAUUAGUUUAAAUGAUGAUGCAAACUAUUUUAUUACUUGUUCAAAAGAUAGAUAAAUUUUAGUAUUUGCUUUUGAUGAUUAAUAAUAAUUAUGGUAAUUAUAAUAGACAAUCUUAACUAGAAAUGGAGGUCGAAGAUUGUGUUUUAUUAAUAAUUCUUAAUUUGCUUUUCAACCUGAAAGAAAAAAGAAAUUACAUAUUUAUUAGAAAAAUGAUCAUGAUUCAAAAUUCAUUAAAAGUAAAGAAGUAUCUAUUUAAACUGGUAGUAAUAAUGCUAAUAAGAUUUGUUUUUGGUUCUUCCCUUAAUAAUUCAUAAAAUCUUAAUCUAUUCUUGUAAAUAAAUAGAUUAGAUCAAUCAAUUUAAUAAGAGUUAAUGAAAAUGAUGAUUAUGAAUUAAUCUAAUAUAUAGAUUUUUAAACCAAUCGAAUUAUUGGUAGAAUGACAGAAGAUGGAGAAUAUCUAGCUACAUGGGAUGAUAAAACAAAGAACUUAUAAAUUAGAUAAGCUAAAGAUUGA